GAUGGACCACAACACUCAGCUAAUACUAUGGCUGCUUACCCCCAACUAACCUACUCUGGACGUCUUCUACCUGAACAACCAUCCUAUAUGGAGCUAGUGGAUUCUACACCUCGACCUAUUAAUAAAUAUACACUUACAGUAUCUGACUUCCCUAUAAUACUCGAAAACGUCAAAGAUGCCUUAAAAAAUCUACCCUCAAAAAAAGCACCUGGAGUUGAUCACAUAAGACAAGAAAUGCUCUCUCCAAUAACGAAUAAACUUGUUCCAACCCUUCUGUCUCCCUUUGAACUAUGC